AUGGCCGCCGAGGACGCUUUGGACCGCUCUGAGCUAGAUUAUUUUGAUCAUCCACUUCAUGUGGUUCCCUGGGAGGGUCCCAGAUCUGAGCCUAUCUCAGCCAUGGAGGUGGCCUGCAAAGCACAUGAUUUCUAUUUCCUGUCCACGCUCAACGCAAUCGACGCCUUGGUCCCCGCUCUCGACCGCCGCCAUCUGCGGGAGGAUUCAGUUCUCCUGGACAGUGACGCACCUCAAAACAAUUUCAGGCGAGGCCCGCAGUGGAACCACGAGUCUCCCUUCGCAACCAUAGGCUUCGAAAACAUUAGGGAUGUGAGCGGGGCUCACUCGCUGUUGGACACUGCCAGAAUAGCGGCGUUCCGAGACCAUUCAACCUUGAGUGCCCCUAUGUUCAAAUACAUUCCGACCCAUUUGGCUGUUUGGAUGUGGAGAAAGCUCGGCAAAUCGCACAAGCGAACCAUGCAUAUGUGGAAGGUCUUCUCAGAAGCUUAUCCCAGAUAUUUUCCUGAAGUGUGUCCAUAUUUCUGUUUCACGAUCAAUACGCACAAGGAUCCCGUGAGUGAUUACUUUCGCUUGCUGGAAAGCGAAAAGCUCUGCUGGCGUGCUAUCCUCUCCGUUUCCACAAAUAUCCUCGAGAUAUCCGAUCUCGUUGCCAUCGGCUCGAUGCACAACCUGGCCGCGCUGGAGAUUAAUAAGAUCGGUCGUUUGGACCCUGAUCGCGGUGACUGGGCUAGAAAGGGAGGCAUGACAGACAGUGUGGUCAGGAGCUGGGUCGACAUGGCUCUAAAAGAUAAAACCCUGCAGCAUCUCCGCGUCCUGAAAUUCCGCAACCAAGAUCGCCUCACUCCUCACUGCCUCGCUUACUUGUCCGAGCUCCCCGAGCUUCAAUUUGUCAUUACUCAGAACUGCAGUGGAUUCACCAACGUCGUCGCGCCCCUUUGUGCCCUGCGGCCUGACCGUCCACAUGAUCAGGAGAAUUUCAAUCCCCGUGUCCAUGGCUGGAUUGCCCGGACCCUGGAAAAUGUCAUCUUGAUGGACAAUCGCGGCCACGACAUCCUGUCUCCUAUUAUCAAACUGUACACCUACACCCCCAACGAGUCUUUCAACAGCUUCAAAGACAUGGAGCCUUUGCGGGCCUCUUCUCUUGCAGUCUCUGUUCCCGUCUUGGAGUUCCAGCUGCCCAUAAAUGAGCGUCGGGUGUACAAUAUCGAUAUGCAGCGAGGGAAGUACCGCGACGUGUGCUGCUUUGUUCGUGGUAAAAGCACCCCGAAUACUCUCAAGCGAGACGCCGAGAAAAGUGCCGACAUGUCUCGCCCCCAAAAAAGGAUUAUGAAACAACGAAAGGAUGGCCUUGAUUUAGCCCAAAUGCUGGACGGCCUCUGGUGA